AUGCUGUUUUGUUAUUCUUUUUUUUUUUUUGUUGUUGUUGUUGUUGCUCUGUGUUUCUUAGAGGACCAGCACGUAGUUGACACCUUGACGGCUCGCACCAGCAGCCGUAACAACAAGACUGGGAGUACAAGUGCAAUGCGAGAGCUGGCUUUGCCGGGGUACACGCACGUGCAGCAUAUUUGUAGCGGCGCCUCCCACGAGACGCUGGUGGCGCAGUCGGAUGACACAAAAGAACUGGUGCUCAUUCGUGUCUACGCGCUGGAUUAUUUGCGCAAGCACCCGUCACUUCGCAGGCGCAUUGAACGGAGAGCCCUCGCUUCACGAGUGGCGCAUCAUCCGAACAUCGUGAAAGGGUUGCCGGCGUUCGUCUCGGAUGUUGACCUCUUUCUUGUGGAGGAGCACUGCGUGGGCGGCGAGCUUCUUAUUGCGCUGGACGAAUACUACCGAAGCACGGCCGCGCCUUCUGCAAAUGACACAGGCCGUCAGCCCGCUCAGCAGCCAUUUCGGUGCUUAUCUCUGAGUUUUAUACGACGCACCAUGCAGGAUCUAAUGAGCGGUCUGCAUUACCUGCAUUCCGUGUGCGGUCUGGUGCAUCGAAACAUCAAACUUGAGAGUAUAUUUUUGGACAGCAGCAACCGGGCCAAGUUGGGUCGACUUGAAAUGUGUGCUGCUAUUCCGUCGUUUGAGGUAAAGGACGGAAUGCUUCAGUUGUGCUGUGCAUCAAAACACUAUGCGGCGCCUGAGCUUGUCAUGGGGUGCCCGUACAAGGGGGAGCUGAUCGAUGUGUGGUCGGCGGGUGUUGUGCUUUUCGUGAUGCUGACAGGCCGUUUUCCCUUUGAAGAAGAGAAGGAGGUUGUGGAUGGCGGUGAUUCGUUGCUGUUUCAACGCAUCUGCACCGCGGAUGAAGUGCUGCAGAUUCACCCCGCCCUAGGAAUGGUGCCGGACCCAUUGGCUGUAGAUUUGGUUCGCAACAUGCUUCGCGUGAACCCUGAAUGCAGGCUGACGGUCGAGGAGGCGCUGCAGCACCCUUUUCUUUUGACAUCAUAG